AUGGAUCCUCUUCAAGACCGACCAUCACCAAGAAACCUAGACAAAGUUGAAGAGAUUCUUGGAUACAUCUUCAAGAAUAAAUGUUUAUUGGAAGAAGCUUUCACACAUUCGUCUUAUUAUUAUACUAAAGAUAAUAAUAACAAUGAAGCUGAAAUAAAAUGCUUCUCAUUUGAGCGUUUAGCGUACCUGGGAGACGCUGUACUUUAUUUGUUGGUCACCAAGGAGCAGUUCUUCUUGUAUUCAGAUGUUUCUUCGGGUCAGUUGACCCGGCUCCGAGCCGCCAAUGUUGACACCGAGAAGCUUGCAUGCGUGGCUGUUGAGCAUGGGCUACAUUGUUACCUUUGCCACAAGCAACCUCUUCUUGAAGAACGGAUAAAUGGUUUCAAAAAAGAAAUAUUGGAGUAUCCAAUUCAUUCGAAUGGGCUUGUAGAUGUUCCGAAGUGUCUUGCCGAUUUAGUGGAAUCCAUUAUUGGAGCAAUCUUCAUUGAUUCUGGCUCCAACAUCGACUUACAUGAGAUGCUUUUACAGGUUUUUAGACGUUUGUUGGAGCCAUUGAUAGAUGCAGAAACCCUAAAGACACAUCCAGUGACAAAGCUAUAUCAAAUUUGCCAGAAACAUAAUUUGAAGGUUCAAUUUAAGGAUUCAUGGGAGGAUUUGAAGGCAGUGGAGGUUCUGGUUAAUAAUCAAUGGGUUGGAAGUGGCACCUGUAGUUCCAAAAAAGAGAUCGCUUAUAAUAGAGCUGCACAAGAUGCUCUCAAAAACAUUCAAACUAUUUUGAGCAUUAAACGCAAUAAUUCAACUUUGGAUGACAUUGUGGAUUAA